CUUCAUUCUCCCCUUCUUGGUAUUCACCACGAUACCAAUCUUUCUCGGUUUCAACGGCCGUACACCGUCUUUCCUUGCACACGCGAUUUUGUAUAUAUACGGAUCAGUGUAAAUCUCGCUCUCAUUCUCUGUCAUGCCCUCGCUGUGCGGGUCGGAGUGGCGAAAGCUACCUCUCAGCUUAACUGAACUAUGCAUUGACACCACCCUGCGCUGUGGACAGUCUUUCAGGUGGCAAAAGAUUAAUGACGAGUGGAAUUGUGUGCUUCAUGGCCGCUUGUUAUCCUUGAAACAAGAUGAGUCGUGUUUACACUAUAAGGCAGCCUGGCCAAAGAUUACUCCAAAUUCACGCAGGCCGGCCCUUUCGCCUGGAGAAAAAGACAAUGCAGAUGGCCAGCAGGGAGAUGAUACAGAGGCUCUCAUUAGACAUUAUUUCAGCUUGAGGCAUAAUCUGGGAGCCCUAUAUGAACAGUGGUCUGAGUCUGAUGCCAACUUCAAGAAAAGAGCUCCACGAUUCACCGGAAUUCGCAUUCUCAGUCAAGAUGCUUGGGAGACUCUCAUAUCCUUCAUUUGCAGUAGCAAUAAUCAUAUCUCACGCAUUUCGCAAAUGGUUCAUAAGCUUUGUGUGCACUAUGGUCCUCUGGUAGGACAUGUAGGGGAUGAAGCCUUUCAUGAUUUUCCAACACCCCAGGCUUUGGCUGGAAGGAAGGUUGAAGCCCACCUAAGAGAACUUGGCUUUGGGUAUCGCGCCAAGUACAUUGCUGACACAGCCAUGAUAGUGGCCAUGCAAAAACCUGAAGGGUGGCUAGAAAGCUUGACCAAUCCAGAGACCCCGAGAUGGGCGUCUACUCCGGUUGCAGUCCGAGACAAGCGCAUAACAUACAAGCAAGCCCACGAAGAACUCCUCUCGCUCUCGGGCGUUGGACCCAAAGUAGCGGACUGUGUUUGCCUGAUGGGCCUAGGUUGGAGUGAAGCUGUACCGGUUGACACUCAUGUAUGGCAGAUUGCCCAAAGGGAUUACGGUUUCGGGAGGAGCAAAACCAAGACGUUUUCGAAGGCUAUGUACGACUCAGUUGGUGACCACUUUCGACAAAUCUGGGGGCCUCAAGCUGGUUGGGCUCAGUCAGUAUUGUUUACGGCAAACCUAAAGUCCUUUUCCGAGCAAGCAGCCACGAAAUCCAAAACAACUGAAGUCACAGUAGCGGUAAAACAAGAAUUAAUUAGUGAACCAUCGCCCAUCUCCCGAAAACGCCGGACCACAGCUGUUGUUGAGCAAAUCAAAAUUGAGAAUGACGACCCUUCAGACGUGAAGGCAGUUGUCAAGAAGAAGAGGAAAACUCGGAGAUGAAACAAUAGAUGUUGUACAGAGCGAACACUAUGUAAUAGCGCCUCUUAUUGGAA